GAAAAGUAUAGCAUGAAGAACUGGUCAUGUCGGUGGAAAAUAAAUAAAAUGAAAACAAAAACGAUUUCUUGCUUCUUCGUAUUUUUAUUUUAUUUUGUUUUAUUUUCACGGUAAUUUUAAAUUUCGAUAAAUAUUUUUAUAUCCAUAUUUUCUAAUCCGAAUCUCAACGCUCUCUGAAAAAUUCUGAUUCGCAAAGUCUAGGGAAGGGGAGCCCUUUGAUUGUUAACACUGAAAGAACUCAAACUUUACCAGAUUCAAAGGCAGCUUUCAUUACUUGAAAAGAAAUCGUAAAAGAAUCAAAUAAACAUACAAAAGGGAAAAACCCUUUUAACUUAUUUUUAGAAAGAAUCGGGAAUCUCUUGGGCUGAUUCAGGUUCUUCUCAAAUUCUACGUUUAUUUGUUUUUAUUAUUAUUAUUUAUGAUUUGAUGAGAGGAAUUGUUUUGAAGUUACAGAGAAGUUGAAGUUUUAUGAAGCUAAGCUUUCAUUGACUAAGGGGGAAAGCGAGUUGACUCAACGGAGCAACUUGCUGCUGCUAAAGGUCAAUUGGGGGAUUCGCUUUACACUUCAUUUUUCAAAAUAAAAGGAUAUUUGGUUAAGUUGGUUAAAAGUCAGUGAAAAUUACUUGGAUGAAGCUUGUUUGUGAAGCUGAGUUUACACAUUGAAACCGUACAAAAAGUUUGGUAAAUUUUGGACCCUCAAUUGAUUUGCUACUGUUUAAAGAGAUCCAUUGAGGUAUUGGGAUGGGCUGUAGGUGUUCAAAACUAUCUGCGUGUUGUUGGAGUUCGGAUCAGAAUGGAUCAAUUCCUGCAGCUGAUAAUGAUGAAAAUGAGGAAAAGGGUGAAGUUGAUGAUUUGCCUGCAUUCCGUGAAUAUUCAAUUGAAACACUCAAGAUGGCUACAUCUGGAUUUGCUGUGGAGAAUAUAGUUUCAGAACAUGGUGAGAAAGCUCCUAAUGUAGUUUACAAGGGCAAGUUGGAAAAUCAAAGGCGGAUUGCUGUUAAACGAUUUAAUAGAUCUGCAUGGCCUGAUGCCCGGCAGUUCUUGGAAGAAGCAAGAGCUGUUGGACAGCUUCGGAACCACACAUUGGCAAAUUUACUUGGUUGUUGCUGUGAAGGUGAUGAAAGGUUACUUGUCACAGAAUUUAUGCCUAAUGACACAUUGGCAAAACACCUAUUCCAUUGGGAAGCACAACCAAUGAAAUGGGCAAUGCGACUAAGGGUUGCUUUGCAUCUUGCAGAAGCUCUAGAAUACUGCACCAGCAAAGGACGUGCCCUGUAUCAUGACCUAAAUGCUUAUAGAAUUGUUUUCGAUGAUGAUGGCAACCCUAGACUUUCAUGCUUUGGUCUGAUGAAGAACAGUAGAGAUGGUAAAAGUUACAGUACAAACCUGGCAUUUACUCCUCCUGAGUAUUUGAGGACAGGAAGAGUAACACCAGAAAGUGUAAUGUAUAGUUUUGGCACCCUUCUGCUUGAUCUUCUCAGUGGAAAACAUAUUCCUCCAAGUCAUGCACUGGACCUUAUACGUGACAGGAACAUUCAGACUCUGAUAGAUUCUUGUUUGGAAGGGCAAUUUUCAAAUGAUGAUGGGACUGAGUUAGUGCGUCUAGCAUCACGAUGUUUGCAAUAUGAGCCCCGGGAACGGCCAAAUCCAAAGUCAUUAGUUGCUGCUCUAGUUCCUCUUCAGAGGGACAUUAAGGUUCCGUCUCAUGUAUUAAUGGGCAUACUUCAUGGUGCUGAUGCUGUACCUUUAUCACCGCUUGGGGAAGCCUGCUUGAGAAUGGAUUUGACUGCCAUUCAUGAGGUCUUAGAAAAACUUGGAUAUAGAGAUGAUGAGGGUGUUGCUACUGAGCUUUCAUUCCAGAUGUGGACUAACCAGAUGCAGGAAACAUUGACAUCGAAGAAAAAGGGUGAUGUUGCUUUUAGGCAUAAAGAGUUUAGAGCUGCCAUUGAAUGCUAUACCCAGUUCAUUGAUAUUGGAACCAUGGUUUCCCCAACAGUUUAUGCUCGGCGUAGUUUGUCUUACCUCAUGAGUGACAUGCCCCAAGAAGCCCUCAAUGAUGCUAUGCAAGCACAAAUGGUAUCUCCUAUUUGGCAUAUUGCAUCCUACUUGCAAGCUGCUGCUCUAUUUGCUCUAGGAAAGGAAGACCAGGCACAAGCUGCUCUCAGGGAGGGUUCCGAACAUGAAAAUAAAAAGAAUGCAACUUCUUAGACAAUGAUCGAAGCUAAAAUAAGCCACUCUCCAAUCAACCUGAAGAUGACCAUCCAUUGGGCGCCUCUCAAUUUUCAGGCAAGAAAGAGAACAGGUUUUUAACCUCAAAAGAAACCAUGGGAUAAGAUGAACACAUAUAACAUCGAACUUCUCUGUGCAUGACUGGUUUGGUUCAUGGUCAGAUUGAAACAUUCUUUUACAAGAUAUUGGAUGUGGGUUGGUUUUGAUCAGUUUGACAGGAAUACAAUGAUCUUGGUGAAAUAAGUAGGGAACAAAUUAUAUUAUACGUAGAGAAGGGUUUAGUUGUUUAAAAUGCAUUUUCAUAGGGUGAAUAGAAGAUGUUAUGCUUGUAAUUUAUGUACAGUACUACUGAUUUGCUCAUCUAGUGAUGAAAUUGGCUGUUUUCUACCUCAGAUUUGAUUUCAGAUUCAUGAUUUGAAUGGAAUUUUUUCAUGUCCAUUUAUAAAUGGAAUUGAAUGAUAAAUUGAAG